AUGCCGGUGACUCGGAGUAGAGGCAGACCCGCGGAGCCGAUCGAGGCACAGGAGCGCCCUGAGGAGAGCGCUCCCGCGACCGCGUCACAGUCAGUGGCGGCCCCGAGGCCGUCAGCGCCGGAACCGGUGCGGCAUAUCGAGCCGCCCGGCUCCCCGUCGGAGGCGCCACCACCACCGCCAGCACCGUCGUCGCAACAGCAGCAUGACGACGCAGCAAGAGCGUCGUCAACGAAAUCGGACCGUGCGCGAAGGAUCGCGCGCUCCAAACAGAAGAUAGCCAGACUCAAGCUGGAGCUGGAAGAGGCCAGGCUUGCCGUCCUGGAGGAGGACAGCCAGGACGGCGAGUCGGUCGCAUCGGGUGAAUCGCUGGGCCAGGCGCGAGUGGCCGAGUGGCUGAAUACAGUGCCGCCGCCACCGCCCGCCGCGCCGCUCAGUGCACCGCAACAGUCUACAGGCGUAGCACCGCCGCCCGGCGUGCCACAUGCACCGCCGCCCGGCGUGUCACACGCACCACCGCCGCCACCCGGCGCGCCACACGCGCUGCCGACCGGCGUAUCGAUCGCACAGCAGCUCGCCGCGCCGCUAUCGGGCGUGGCGCCGCCGCACAGCGUACAGUUGAAGCAAUCGUCGUCAUCGAAGCCGCCGCCAGCAGCAACGGGGUAUCAUCGGUCCGAGGGACAAUUCGACCUUAACGAGCUGGCGGCCGCCAUCGCGCAGGCCGCGCGCCCACAUGGGGCCACGCCGCGAUUCAUCGGAGAACUGAUGCCCUUCGGGGGCUCACAUCUCGACUGGCUCGCCUUCAGAGCGGGCUAUCAAGAAACAGAGAGAUACUUCACAGAAAUCGAGAAUACAGCCCGCCUGCGACGGGCUUUGAAAGGAAAAGCCAAGGAAGCGGUUAGCAGUUUACUCAUAGUAAACACUAGCCCGGCGGAAAUAAUCGGCGAACUCGAGACAAGAUUCGGCAGACCGGAGACGAUUGCGCUCGCCGAGAUCGAACGACUUCGCAACGUACAGAAGCCUACAGAUGCGCCACGGGACAUAAUACAGUUCGCGAGUCGAAUAAAAAACAGCGUCGCUACACUCCGCGCACUCCAGCAGCCGCAGUACAUGUACAACCCGGAAGUGGUCAAGCAAGUGACAGAGAAGCUGACGCCGUCGCUGCGGUACCGGUGGUUCGACUUCAGCCGGGACCAGCCGCCAGAGGAGCCGGACCUCGUGCGCCUUCACCGCUUCGUGACCAGGGAGGCGGAGGCGUGCGGGAAGUACGCAGACCCCGAGCUCGUCGGCGGCGCCGAGGAGCAGCAGCAGCGCGCGGCGCCACGCAACCGGCCGCAGCGCGCCUACAACAGUCGGAGUGACAGCAAAAAGUGCGACAAUAGAAGCGAAAAGUGUCCAGUGUGCAGUUUACCGAACCAUAGCGCCGACAAGUGUAGAAAAUUUGUGCGUGCGAACAACAGUGAACGAUGGAGCAUAGCGAAAGCGGAUCGACUAUGUUUCCGAUGCCUGAACCCCAGGAGAGGGGGGCAUAAGUGUGAAGACCGUCAGUGUGGAGAGGACGGCUGUGAGAGGACCCACCACCCAUUACUGCACUUCAAGAGACCCGAAGUGCCAGCCAACCGGAGUGAAACAGUGACAGCAGCAAAUUCAUCUGGAAAGUCAACCGUAAGUUUCCUCAAAAUUCUACCAGUGACAGUGGUGGGCCCCAAGGCCAAUAUAGAUACAUUCGCACUAUUAGACGACGGCUCUACAGUCACACUCGUAGACGAAGACCUGGCUAAGCGCGCGGGCGCUACAGGACCCAUAGACCCAUUGAGCAUAGAAGCUAUAGCGGGGGCCCGCGUCACGCGUACCGACUCGCGACGAGUGAAACUUGUGCUACGAGGGCAGGAUGAAGAGCACUCCCUGCGAGGCCGCACUAUCAAGAACUUACGACUGGCGGCCCAGCACAUCGACCGAGACUUGUCAAAAUAUCAACACCUUCAAGAUAUCGAAACGCGAGUGCGGUAUGCGGAGGCGCGGCCCACUAUCCUGAUCGGGCAGGACAAUUGGGAACUCCUACUGGCCAACGAGGUACGACGUGGCGCCGCAACAGAACCGGUGGCGUCCCGCACACCCCUGGGGUGGGUGCUCCACGGCUCAAGCAGCCGGAGCCUGGGGCACACAGUCCACCACGUAUACAGGCUCAAUGAAGAGAGCGACAACAGAAUAGAAGAAAUGAUCAAGAAGCAUUUCGCAAUCGAAUCGUUGGGCGUGACGCCCAAGAAAACGCGCGCCGACCCCGAAGAGCGGGCGCUUCGCAUCCUGGAGAGUGAAACCAUCAAGCUGCCGACAGCGGGCUACGAAACGGGCCUACUUUGGGCCACCGACCACCCCGAGCUGCCCAACAAUUACGACCAGGCCUUGACGCGCCUACACAGCACAGAGCGCAAGCUGGACAAGCAGCCGGAGCUCGGGGCGGCGUACGAGCGGCAGAUGACACAGCUGAUAGAAAAAGGAUACGCAGAGGAAGCCGCCACCGCACCAUCGACCACCGGGCGCAUCUGGUACCUGCCUCACUUCCCGGUGCUCCAUCCAGCCAAGCCCGGGAAGGUGAGGCCAGUCUUCGACGCCGCCGCUCGCACGAAGGGUACGUGCCUGAACGACCACCUGCUGUCGGGUCCGGACCUCCUGCAGUCGCUGCCGGGGGUGCUGAUGCGCUUUCGCCAGCACGCCGUCGCCGUCGCCGCGGACAUACAAGAGAUGUUCCUGCGAAUACAAGUUCACGAGAAAGAUAGAGAUGCGCUGCGCUUCUUGUGGCGCUCACACCGGCGGGAGGGACCGCCCACAGAGUACCGGAUGAAGUCGGUCAUCUUCGGAGCAGCCUGCUCACCGUGCACGGCGUUGUUUGUCAAGAAUCACAACGCCGAGCGUCAUCGGGCCGACCAUCCGGACGCAGCCGAAGCCAUCGUGCGUCAUCACUACAUGGAUGAUUAUCUCCAGAGUUUUGAAACAGUUGAAGAAGCAGUUAGAGUGAGCACCGACGUGCGCACAGUGCACGCGGAUGCCAAUUUUCAUUUGGCCAAGUGGGCCUCGAAUCGCUCCGAAGUACUAGAAGUCCAUCGGGCGGAAGCUGCCGCCACUCGGGACGUCACACUUGAAGACAUCGAAGAGAAGGUCCUGGGCCUCACCUGGAGGCCGACCUGCGACACCUUGGGAUUUAAUCUGAACUUCGCCCGGGUGCCUGACGUCGACAGCGGGCAAACUCCGACGAAGAGGGAGGCUCUGCGGACAGUGAUGUCACUGUUCGACCCGCUGGGCCUCGCCUCCCCCAUCACCAUCGUAGCGAAACAGCUGCUACAAGAGGCGUGGCGCGUAGGCGUCGAUUGGGACGUCCGCCUACCACCGCCGCUGUCGACGGGCUGGAGUGAGUGGGUGCGGCAGCUGGCCGCGCUCCGAGACGUCAACCUGCCAAGAUGUCACCCUGGCUACAGCCGGGCGACCCGACGCGAGCUGCACACCUUCGUGGACGCCAGCGAGAAGGCCUACGCCGCUGCUGUCUACUGGCGCACUGAAGACGAAGACGGUAGAGUGCACGUGACGCUUGCCGCCGCCAGGGCGCGCGUGGCGCCCCUCAAGCUGACGUCCAUCCCAAGGCUCGAGCUGCAGGCCGCCGUGCUGGGCUGCCGCCUGGCCCGCACCGCCGCCGACGAAUACCAGCUGAAGGCAGACAGAAGAGUCUUUUGGAGCGACUCGAAAACCGUACUCGCGUGGCUGAGGGCGGGACCCCGCUCUUUCAAGCCUUUCGUCGCACACAGAGUGGCAGAAAUAGAGGAAGACACACAGGCGAAGGAGUGGCGGUGGGUGCCGACCCAACAGAAUGUGGCUGACGACGCCACCAGAGGAGCGCCGGUCAACUUUACGCAGCAUCAUCGGUGGUUCACGGGACCGAAGUUCCUGUAUGAGCCUGCUGACAGCUGGCCGGCCGAGAAAAUAGAACAGGCGGCCCCAACCGGAGAAGAGAGGACCCACUCCGUCGCAUCGAGCAUCGUCGAGCCCAGAGUCUCCGAUGCAUUACCGUCACCACACAGGUUCUCGUCGUGGCUGCGCCUGAUACGCGCCACGGCGAGAGUCCUCCAGGCGAUACACCGCUUCCGUGCUCCGCUGCGCCGGGCGCGCCCGCAGAGCGCCAACGUCAACAGUUACAAGCGGACAACUCGAAACACCGAAGCCGACCCGACGUGGCGCCGUGUCGCCAAGCCGACCGCGCCGCCCACGCCGCGCCGAGCCGUCCUUACAGAAGACGUCAUACCGCCGUUGGCCGCCGAGCACAUCGUGUGGGCGGAGGAGCUGUGGGUGCGCGCCGUGCAGCAGGAAGCGUUCGGCGCCGAAUUAGAAGCUUUAAAGAAGACAGAAGCAGUGUCCAAUGACAGCCGGCUGCGCUCACUCGCGCUGGCCUUCGAUCCGUGCGAGCCGGUGAUUAAGCUGAAAUCAAGAAUCACGGCCGCAGAAAACAUCACAGAAGAACAGAAGCAUCCGAUUGUGCUGGAUGGAAACCACCAGUACACCAAACUUUACGUGGCAUGGACGCACCAGAAAUUACACCAUGGCGGUGUGGAGACAGUCCUGAACGAGAUCCGACAACGCUUCUGGGUGAUCCGAGCUCGUCCCAUCGUGCGCAGCGUGAUCAAAAGUUGUCAGCAGUGCAGAAUUCGGCGCGCGGUGGCCGCAGUACCACCGACAGGCGACCACCCGACGGGACGCCUCGCUCACCAUCAGCGGCCCUUCACCUACACCGGCCUCGAUUAUUUCGGGCCGCUCUCAGUCACCGUGGGCCGACAACACCAGAAGCGGUAUGUGGCGCUGUUCACAUGCCUCACCACCCGGGCCGUGCACCUGGAGGUCGCGGCCUCACUCUCCACCGACUCCGCCGUCCUCGCGCUGCGCCGCAUGAUGGCGCGCCGAGGGCAACCAUCAGAGAUCUGGUCGGACAACGGCACCAACCUGCGUGGUGCCGACGUCGAGCUCCAGCGGGCCGCCCUCCAGGCGAGCCGGCAGGAGGCCGCCAACCACCUCAUCAGAUGGCGCUACAUACCGCCGAGCGCACCGUUCAUGGGCGGGGCGUGGGAACGCCUCGUCCGGUCCGUCAAGGACGCCCUCAGUACCGUCCUGCGCGAGCGUCACCCCCACGAAGAGACGCUCGCCACUCUGCUUUGCGAGGCAGAAUACACAGUCAACAGCAGACCACUGACCCACGUGUCAGUGGACCCCGACGACGCCGAAGCCUUGACCCCCAACCACUUCCUACUCGGGGGGUCGGGCCGCAUCCAACAGCCGGGGACGUUCACCGAAGCAGACGUCGCCAGCCGCCACCACUGGAGGCGAGCUCAGCGGCUAGCCGACGAGUUCUGGGACCGCUGGGUCCGAGAGUACCUGCCGGAGCUCCAACACCGGCGGGAGCCGCACGGGAGCGGAGCACCGCUCAACAUCGGCGACCUCGUGCUCAUCGCCGACUCCAACCUGCCACGCAACGUGUGGCCCCGGGGGCGCGUCGUCCAAGUCUACCCUGGGCGCGAUGGCAUCGUGCGCGCCGCCGACGUCGCCACCCGCACCGGAGUCCUGCGCCGCCCCACCAAGAAGCUCGUCGUGCUGCCCACAUCGACCGGCGUGACACCGAGUGAGGUGUAG